UCCUUGUGUCCUCAUUAGUCAAUAAUACUCAUGUCUUACUCUUACAUGAAUCCCUUGUUCUUUCUGCUGAUUCUACACCUGUUCUUCAUUCACCUAAACCUCUCAGCCUUUGGAAUUGGCAGAGAUCAAUUUGUCUACUCAGGCUUCACCAGUGCGAACCUCACCCUUGAUGGUGCAGCUACCAUCACACCAAAUGGCCUACUUGAACUCACUAAUGGCACUGUUCGUCUCAAAGGCCAUGCCUUCCACCCGACUCCAAUCCACAUCAGCAAAGAACCUCACGGCACAGUGCAGUCAUUUGCUCUCUCCUUCAUCUUUGCCAUCUACUGCGUCCAGCCCGACAUCUGCGGUCAUGGCAUCGCUUUCCUUGUUGCCGCACACAAGAACUUCUCGAACACAAUGCCAAUGCAGUACAUGGGACUCAUCAGCGAACACAGCAAUGGAAAUGCGACCAACCACUUCUUUGCUGUUGAGCUCGACACCAACUGUAAUGAUGAAUUCAAGGACAUAGAAAACAACCAUGUUGGCAUCGACAUCAACGGGCUCAAUUCUGCGAAUUCCAGCAGUGCUGGCUACAACGACAACAGAAAUGGUAACUUCCACAACUUGACACUAGCAAGCUACAAAGUGAUGCAGGUGUGGGUGGAAUAUGACGAGGAUAACACACAGAUCAAUGUGACCUUGUCUCCCGUAAAUGUGGCCAAACCAUUCAAACCACUGCUCUCUACUACCUACAACCUAUCAAGAGUGCUCAGAGACAAGGCAUAUGUCGGCUUCUCAUCAUCGACAGGCACCAUUGUCAUUCUUCUGGUUAGAAGGUGGCUAAUGUAUGCUGAACUACGAGAAGAUUGGGAGGUUGAGUUUGGACCACACAGAUUUUCAUAUAAGGACUUGUUUUAUGCUACUGAAGGAUUUAAGAACAAGAAUCUACUGGGCAUAGGAGGAUUUGGAAGGGUAUACAAGGGAGUUCUUCCAAAAUCUAAGGUGAUGGUUGCUGUGAAGAAAAUCUCCCAUAAUUCUAAGCAGGGCAUGAAAGAAUUUGUUGCCGAGGUUGUAAGCAUUGGCCGCCUCCAACACCGUAAUCUUGUGCAGUUACAUGGCUAUUGCCGUCGAAAAGGUGAACUUAUUCUAGUGUAUGAAUACAUGCCAGGUGGAAGCCUUGACAGGUACUUGUAUGAUCAAGAGAACAAGCCUACUUUGAAUUGGGAUCAAAGAAUGCGAAUAAUCAAAGGAAUAGCAUCUGGCUUGCUUUACCUCCAUGAGGAAUGGGAGAAGGUAGUACUUCAUCGGGACAUCAAGCCAAGCAAUGUGCUCCUUGAUGAUGAAAUGAAUGCACAUCUAGGUGAUUUUGGUCUAGCCAGGCUAUACGACCAUGGUGCUGAACCUCAGACCACACAUAUUGUUGGUACCAUUGGUUACCUAGCUCCAGAGCUAGGACGAACUAGCAAGGCAACUCCACUUACCGAUGUAUUUUCCUUUGGUAUGUUUGUUCUUGAGAUUACUUGUGGGAGAAAACCCAUUGAGCAAACUGGCCAAGAUAGGCAACUGCUGUUGGUCGAUUGGGUACUUGACUGUUGGCACAAAGGAUUAGUCACAGAUGCAGUAGAUGUCAAGCUCCAAGGUGCCUACAAUGUUGAUGAGGCAUGCCUAAUACUAAAGAUGGGAUUGCUGUGCUCACACCCGUUUAUCAAUCUAAGGCCAAGCAUGAGGGAAGUCAUGCAGUAUCUCAAUGGCAAUGUUCCACUACAGGAUAAGUUAACGCCAGCUGAUAUGAGCCUUAGCAUGCUGUCUUUCAUGCAGAACAGAUGUUUCAACCCAGCGACCUUGAGAAACUCAUUCUCAACGACAAAUAACAGUAUGAUAUCUUACCUCACAGGAGGUAGAUGAAAUGCAUGUACUCUAAAAAUUACCUUGCUGUCUUUAUCAUAAGAAAAUGUGAAUUGGUUGAACCAUUGAUAUAUUCAGAUUGUAAAGUUAAGAGCACAAGAAUUAGAUAUUUGUGCCACCCUACGUAUAGUUGUCUGUCUAGUCUGAAAUAAUUUGUUUGUAAUGUGUUUACAUUAGAUGCAAGGAAAUUCCAGGGUGGGUUUGUGAAUA